UUUACAGUGAAUUAACAACACAUCUACUUCGUUGUCUGAUCAGCGUUUAUCCACAUAUAUACUCACCCACCCACGGCCCAAGCAUGGAGAAGAGGGGGGAUAUACAAUGUAUAUACGUCAUUGAAGAGAAGCCGCAUCAUGCAAGGAUGAUACCGCACCCAUUCUGAGUUCUAAUUCUCGUCCAGGCACGUUUGGGGGCAACCCAUUUCGGUUUUUGGAAGACCCACUUCGGAUUUCCAGGCACCCAGUUGGGAUUUUUCUGGGGUUUGGAGGUUCCCUCGGUGCAUGUACGUUUUUAAAAUUACAUAUGUAUGCAUUAGUGGGGAUAGAUUCUCAGACGGAUUCGAAUUCAGGGAUACCCAUUGAAACCCAUUUUGUGUUUAAUUGGCAUGCGAAGAGCUGAAAUUACUGGGUAAUGGCGGGGAGUGAAGAUAAUAACAAGAUGAGUUUUUUUGAUUGGGGUCCAAUGCACAGUCCUACAGCGCUGUUUUCGGCGUAUUUGGGGGAGGACUUCAAUCCUCGCCCGUUUUCACAGCUGCUGUCAAUGGAUUCGCCAAUGAUCCAGGAGCAGAAAUUGAAACCAUCGUCACCGUCAAGCCUUAAUUGCAGAAACAAGAGCAUCAAUCAAGUCGACCCAUUUAAUGUUUCUAGUGAUAAUAUCUUUACGACUAAUGCUGCUGUGAGUAUAGCUACCAUUAAUUCUGGAUCAACUGGCUUGGGGGAUUUUGGACAGGCGCCAAAACCGGCUUCUAAGGGGGGAUUGUCAGAGAGAUUGGCUGCUAGGGGAGGGUUUAAUACCCCGAGAUUAAAUACCGCUCGGUUUAAGUCUGUUUCUGCUCUUUCUUCGCCAAGCGGAGUAAGAUCUCCUUAUUUGACCAUUCCACCUGGUCUCAGCCCUACUACUCUGUUGGAUUCUCCUGUUCUGCUUUCCAACUCUCAGGCAGAGCAGUCUCCAACUACUGGAACAUUUCCAUUGCCUCCUUUAUUUUAUGAAAGUGGUGUACCCUCACCCAACUCUGGUUUGGAUGGUUUAAAGGACAAGGGUAAUGAGAAUGGUGAUUCAGGCUCGUUUGCUUUCAAACCCUAUGUGAAAUCUGGUUCUUCUCCGUGCCUCUCCCCUUUAGGAGGCUUGGCUGCUUUUUGCCCUGGUCAACAACAAGCUUUAGCUGGAUUUCAAGUUCAGGCAGAGUCCCAAUCCCGUUUUGAUAACUCUCAGUGUCAGGCUCAGUGUCUGGCUCAGUCGCAGUCUCUCUCCCAUGCUCAGGGUCAGGUUCAACCUUAUGCAAAAGCUCAAAAUGAGACUUACAUUCAUGCUGGUGCUCCAACUCAAACCCAGGUUCAAGCUCAAAGUGAUGUUUCUGCUGAAAACAAGGCCCAUGCUCAAGCUUAUGGUCAACCUGAAAAUCAACAGCAGGUGCAGGCUCAAGGUCAUUUUCAAGCUCAGGCCCUGGCCCAGCUUUGGGCACAGGCUGUACCAAUGUCUACUAGGACAAGAGAGCUUGUGCAACUUUCUCUACCCGAGUCAGCAGCAUCUAAUAAUGUUCUAGAUGAUGUAAAAUAUGUUGAGCCCUUACGAGUUGUUCAAAAUGGUUUUACAUCUGAAGGGAUUAUAUCUGCAGAUGAUGCAGAGCAGAAGCAAGAUGCUGAUACUGAGAUGCAGCUCGAGGAAAGGGAACAAAAAGGCCCAGUUCCCCAGACCAUAAUUGGUAGACCUUCGGAAGAUGGUUACAAUUGGCGGAAGUAUGGGCAAAAGCUUGUGAAAGGUAGUGAGUAUCCCCGGAGUUACUAUAAGUGCACACACCCAAGUUGUCAAAUGAAGAAGAAGGUGGAACGCUCUCAUGAUGGACAAAUUGCAGAGAUUAUCUACAAGGGUACACAUAAUCACUCUAAACCUCUGCCUAGCCGUCGAUCAGCGGUUGGUGCUGCUCAUAUGAUUCAUGAAGGUGUAGAAAGUACAGAUGGAUUGAAUUCUACUGUCAAAUUUGAAGGUGGAAGCAUGUGGAGAAACACAGAAUUGGGACCCAAAGAUGGUACAGAUUGCUCCAAGCCAUGGAAAAAUGAGCAUCUGGAGAGGUCCUCAUCGACUUCUGUUGUAACCGACCUCUCAGAUCCAUCCUCAGCUCAAGUACAAAGUUCCAGUCAGCUAGAGUCACUAGGUACUCCAGAGCCUUCCUCAACUCUAGCAAGUGAUGAUGAAGGAGAAGAUGAAGGUACAAAUGGUAGUAAAUCACUUGGAGACAAUGCCGAUGAAGAUGAAUCUGAUUCAAAGCGCAGGAAGAAAGAGAACAAUGCAGCGGACAUCAUUGCAGCAUCAAGAGCUAUUCGUGAACCACGUGUAGUGGUACAAACAACCAGUGAGAUUGAUAUCCUUGAUGAUGGAUAUCGAUGGCGCAAGUAUGGCCAAAAAGUGGUUAAAGGAAAUCCAAACCCAAGGAGUUACUAUAAAUGUACCAAUGCAGGAUGUCCAGUGAGAAAGCACGUGGAAAGAGCUUCACAUGAUUUGAAGGCAGUAAUCACAACAUAUGAAGGAAAGCAUAAUCAUGAUGUACCUGCUGCCCGAAACAGCAAUCAUGACAAUGUUACAAAAGGCAAUUCAAAUGGUGCGUCUGCUUCUGCCAUGCAGGCUAAUGUCCCAUCAUCUAUGGCUACUAUGCAGCGGUCUAUUCCUCAAGUACAAAAUAUUGUUGCCCAGUUUGAUGGGAAUUUGGAUUCAAGGAGUGAAUUUGGUAAACACACAUUUUAUGGGAAAGUCACAGAUGAGAGUCUGCGUCUGCAAGAAAAGAAUGCAGCAACUCUUGACUUGAGAAUGGGAGCAGGGAUGAAUUUUCGGAUGUUUGGCCUAGACAGUAAUCUUUGUGAUAAACAACAAAUAGCUGGUGGGCGACACACACUACCAAUGCAGAUGCAUGUUCCUUCGAACCAUGGAUUACCUGGCUUUGAACGACAUACUGGAAAACAAAUGAUGCCCAUUCAAUCAUAUUUUGGGCAAGCUACAGAGAGUGAUAUGAGACUUCUAAGGCCAAAAGAAGAAGCAAUAGAUGAUUCUAGCUUCAGAAAUCCAUUAUCCAUUCAUCAUACACCGAACUCAUCCCUGUACCAGCAAAUUAUGGGGAGGUUACAAAUGGGACCUUGAUUGCUAAUUCUUCUUUUGUGAGGUAAAAUUGAUAUAGGCUAUGUUAAAUUUUUUGAAAACACAAAGAUGCGUUUUGUGCAGAGUACCACAAAGUUGCAAACUAUUUGUGGUCACUCUACAUAUUUGAAAAUAAAGCAGUAUAUAUCUUUGCAGGCCUGUAAACAUAUUGUGGCCCUGAACCGAUCUUAAUUCUUGUCCAUGUAUAACUUUCUUAAUUUCAACAUUCAGAAGCAAGUGCUGCUUUUGUUGUAGCUUG